CAACAACCUGUGUAAAAUAUAGAAUUUUAUGAAAAACAAGUACUAAAUUACAUUUCAUAGCAAAAUGUUAGAGCCCUGGAACGAUGCCUCUCUGCUACCACCACCUGUUCAUACAUUUCUAAGCAGUCGCAAAGUUGGCAUUCAGGAUCUAAAAACCACCAGCAGGAAUAUGAUCAAAGUACUAUCCAAUCAAUCUCCUCUGCACAAAGAAAGCGCAAUUCUAUCUAGAUUUGCUUAUAAAUACGACAAGAAGUUUCGCAACGACAUCGGCUACAGGCAUUUUAAGAAGGUUAACGUAGCCUUACGGCGGUAUUUAGGACUGAACGUACUGAAGGACAUUGAAAACUUCAGCGACACAUUACCAGCUGAUGACGAGGAUUAUUUACCGACAAAACAAAUGCUCCAAUAUAUAAUGAUCAGAUUGAUUACGUUUGCGAAGAUAAUGGUGAGGGUGUGCGUGUGUUCGAAGCAAGCGUCGAUAUUUUAUUUGGAUCGUAUAAAGUGCGGGGAGGGCCACUGGAUGUCGCUGAUGCCGUAUGCGGCGCUGAGCCGCGUGUGGUCGCUGUGCACGGUGCUUCUGCGCAGCGCAUGCACCUGGUACGCGCGUCUGCGCCCUUGGCUCGACAAACUACAACUGAAGGGGGUCCACUUCCUACCUGACCACUAUAACCUGCCAGCUGACUUGGAAGACUGGCUGGACCUAAAAACAUUGACUCCCUUGGAAGAUUUGAAUGGGCCCCAGAAAAAUGCUUAAAGUUUGCAACAGAGCUUGAUAGUUGAUGAUGAUGAUGAUAAUACAGACACCUUCAUGGAUUAUGUCAAUAGACUAAAUGAAGAUGAUGACACUGAGGAGCCAGUUCCAUUUAAUUAUAAUAUAGAUAAUAUUUCACAGGAAAAACAACAGAGAUGUUACUAAAUCCUGUACUAAAUAAAGAUAAAGGAGAAAGCAUCUCUAGAGAAAGUUUUAAAGCUCCUCUGCACUCUAAAUCUAAGCCAAAUGAAAUAUUAAACAUGGACAAAGGACAGGUCAUAUCCAGGGACAGUUUGAAAGGCCCAGAUUCUAAACUUGUUGCAUAUAAGAGAGAAGGUACAUAUAUUCACUCUCCAGGAAAUGUGACAGACACAGAAUCUUUACAAAAGUUUAUGUUGAAAGAAGAAGGUUUUAGAAAUGAUCAAAGUGACUCUUCCUUAACAAGUCACCUGAGCUUCAUGCAGUGGAUAGCCCUAAAGAACUCUAUAGAAACAUUAGCAGAUUCUUUGUCCAACAAACGAAAAAUAGAGAAAAAGUUCAAAAAAAUAUGGAAAGAAAAAUGCAUAGACUAUAGUUAAUGAAUGUAUUUUCCAUU